CUCGCUCUGGGGUUUCCCUUCCGGGGUCAGAGGUGGCGGCGGGCCCGGAAGCGGCGGCUGGCGGGACCGGGACCCGGCACCGGCACCGGGAGGUGACGCUGCCCUGGUGGCCGAUGUCCCCAGAGGAUGAGCAAGCCCCCGGAGCUGCAGCACGACCUGGAACGAAGCCUCCCUGCCAUCGCCUCCAUCAGCUCCUCCCUCUCGCAGAGCCAGGGCUUCUCCCCCUAUUUCCUCUCCCCGGAGAAGAGAAAAGCCAUCUCGGAUGUGAGGAGAACCUUCUGCCUCUUCGUCACCUUCGACCUGCUCUUCAUCUCCCUGUUGUGGAUCAUCGAGCUGAAUACCAAGGUGGGCAUCAAGGAGAACCUGAAGGAUGAAAUCAUCAACUACAAAUUCAAUACUUCAUUCUUUGAUAUCUUUCUCUUGGCUCUGUUUCGAUUUGUUGUGCUGCUCCUGGGCUACGCCGUCGUGCGCCUGCGCCACUGGUGGGUCAUCGCGGUCACCACACUGGUAUCCAGUGCCUUCCUGAUUGUCAAGGUCAUCCUCUCCGAGCUUCUGACCAAAGGGGCUUUUGGGUAUUUACUUCCCAUCGUCUCCUUUGUCAUUGCUUGGCUGGAGACCUGGUUCCUGGAUUUUAAAGUCCUAACUCAGGAAGCAGAAGAGGAACGAUGGUUCCUGGCAGCCCAGGCUGCAGCCUCGAGGCCUCUGCUGUACCCCCGGGCCCUCUCCGAGGGACAGUUCUACUCCCCACCCGAGUCCUUUGCAGGCUCAGACAACGAGUCUGAUGAGGAAGGUGUGGGGAGGAAGGCCUUGACAACUCAGGAAAAGGAGUAUGUCCGACAAGGCAAAGAGGCCAUGGAGGUUGUGGACCAAAUCCUCGCCCAGGAGGAGAACUGGAAGUUCGAGAAAAACAAUGACUUUGGUGAUGUUGUUUACACUUUUGAAAUCCCUUUCCACGGCAAGACCUUUAUUUUAAAGGCUUUCCUGCAGUGCUCCCCUGAAAUGGUUUACCAGGAGGUGAUUCUGCAGCCCGAGAAGAUGAUCCUGUGGAACAGAACAGUGGCGGCUUGCCAGAUCUUGCAGCGGGUUGAGGACAACACGAUCGUCUCGUACGACGUGGCGGCCGGAGCUGCUGGUGGGGUGGUGUCCCCAAGGGAUUUCGUGAACGUGCGUCGGAUCGAGAGGAGGAGGGACAGGUACGUGUCCUCAGGGAUGUCGACCACGCACAGCCUGAAGCCUCCGCUCUCCAAGUACGUCAGGGGUGAGAAUGGACCUGGAGGAUUCAUCGUGCUGAAAUGUCCCAGCAAUGCCAAGGUCUGCACCUUCAUCUGGAUUCUCAACACAGAUCUGAAGGGUCGCCUGCCCAGGUACCUGAUCCACCAGAGCCUGGCUGCCACCAUGUUCGAGUUCGCCUUCCACCUGCGCCAGCGCGUGGCCGAGCCCUGCCCCAAGCCCUGAGAACCUUCCAGAACCUUCUCGUCUCUCUGGGCCGAGCUCUGCCCCAAGCCCUGAGAGCCUUCCAGAACCUUCUCGUCUCUCUGGGCUGAGCUCUGCCCCAAGCCCUGAGGACAUUCCAGAGCCUUCUCUGCUCUCUGGCCAUGGGGACAGGACCCUGCACCCCCCAGGCGAGGAGGGGUCCCCCCGCUUACCAGCCAGGUGGGCUCGGCCUCUCCUCCCACCACAGCUCAGAGGGCCUGGACCCGACUGUUCUGUGCCAAACCCCUGCCCUGGGGGCUGGGCAGGGCCCCCCCUCCCUAAAAACGGGGUGGGGGCUCACUGGCACCCCCAGAUUGGUGUCACUGGUACCCCGAGAUUGGGGUCACUGCACCCCCAGGUUGGUGUCACUGGCACCCCGAGAUUGGUGUCACUGGCACCCCGAGAUUGGUGUGACUGGCACCCCCAGGUUGGUGUCACUGGCACCCCCGGAUUGGUGUGACUGGCACCCCGAGAUUGGUGUGACUCGCACCCCGAGAUUGGUGUGAUUGGCACCCCCAGGUUGGUGUCGUUGCUCCCCAAUUUCCUGAGGAAGAGGGGACAGAGGUGGUGGCCAUGUCACAGCUGAGCCCUGUGCCAGGCUCAGCGGCUCAAGGCACAAAUUGUGACCCCCCCCCCCACCCCCCACCCCGGUGACAGCGCUGGGGACCCCCCAAAUCUCCCCUUGGCUCUGGCUGAGCCUCCUCCUUCCUUCCUUCCUUCCUCCUUCCCAAAGCUGCAGCUCCGGGCGGAGCCGGCGCGGGAUUUGCCUUAAGCAGAGACUUUGCUCCUUUUUGGGGGUGCUGGGGGGGGUGUUGGGGGUGGGGGUGCGUGGGGG